AAGCUACUGGGGUUGAGGCUGGGAGGUGACAGCUCUGCGGCCAGAGAGCCAGGGCUGGAAGGAAGCCUUGAAGCCUUGACAGGAGGUCUGGACGCUGGGGGACUUUAGGUUUCCGAGAGGAAGAGUUUGGGGGGGCUGCUGGCCGGGGAACUGGAGAUUCAGCGUGCCAGGGAUUUAAGGGGUUGGUGUCAGAGCUGAGAGGUUAAAGUUGGCGGUGUUCAGGGUAGAGGGUUGGCCUCUCCUUUCCUUCAGAAAAGGGCGCAUGCAAGAGACCCUGGCUGAGGCGCCUAGAAGCUGCAUCCCUGAGCUCCACCUAUUCUGCAAACAGCCACACCUGAGGCUCUGCAGCCAACUUCCUCAACCAAAAAUGAGGGCACUCUGGGGACAGAAUGAGUGGAGCCUGCGAUUAUAGAAAGUCUCCUCCAGGGCCUUAGUCUUGCUUGGGGUGGGGCUGGGGGUCACGCAGAGAGCGGAAGGGGCUUGCGUACCUGCGAAGGAGCUCUCUUCACGCUGGGCUGGAUGGCCUGGCCUUGGAAAGCCUUUCUGCCUGGUCUUCUGAAAAAACAACAAAAGAUCUCACGGUUUCUCUCCUUACCGAUUCCGCUACCCUCGAAGGCAGUGGCAUCUGGGGAAUGCCACUCCGUAUCUGGAGAGUUUUCUCCAGGGACUGGACCUGCCCUUGGCUCUGGGAGGUGGGAGAUCACUGACAACUGAGUCUAAAGCUCUGUCAACUGUCAACUGAAUCCCCGGUGUUCAGCUCGGUUUUACUUCUGAGACAGGAACUCACUAAGUGUCUCAGGCUGGCCUUGAACUUGUGAUUCUCCCACGUCCGUCCCCCAAACUGUUGGGAUGACAAGUCUGACCCACCCGGCCUAUUAAUGUCUCUCGAAACUGGCUGAGAGUAAGCGAGCCCGGCUAAGAGAAACGCCCCCUCCUGUGGGAAGUACUUUAGAGGGAAUGUAUUCGCUUCCUUUUCUUCUGUAGCCCACGGGAAACAAUCAAAGACCUGGUGACCUCUUACAGUCUCAGUCAGCUAACGCCACGCUAAGAUGACGCUCAGUGAGGUCGGGACAGAUGAGCGGAGAGCUAGAGCCUUCUGAUUUGCCCAAGCGCAGUGUUUUGUCCUCUGGGGUGGUCUCCCAGCCAGCUUUGCAAAUGGAUUCCUGUACUUAAAUUAACUACGGCUUGGUGCAGCGGGGAAGGGGUCAGGGCCUGCGACCUGACAGACUAGAUUCCUGUUUAAUCCUUGAGCUACCACAAAUCUAAGGUACUGCUAGUACCGCAAUAGUAAGGCGGAUACUCUCAAAAUUCCCAUGGUAUAGAACGAGGAAACGAAGUUCACUGGAAGACAGCAUAACCCGGGCUGCCCCUCAUCUUGAUGCUGGGAGUUAUGGUGUGUGUGACCACUCUGAGACUAGGGAAUGAUGCCUAGGAUGAAGACCCGAGGCCUUUUGGUAUGAGCAUUCUCCAUGGAAAGGAUGACAUAUUUUUGGAUCUGAAGCAGAAAUUCUGGAACACAUACAAGAGUGGACUGAUGUACUGGCCUUUUGUGCAGCUGACCAACUUCAGCCUUGUCCCUGUGCACUGGAGAACAGCUUACACGGGACUGUGUGGUUUCCUCUGGGCCACCUUCCUGUGCUUUUCACAGCAGAGCGGCGACGGCACCGUGGAGUCCAUGUUCAUCUUCUUCCGCAGGAAGGAGGCGGGUGACAGGCCCCCGGAGGAGUAAGGAGUCCGGGGCUCCCUUCAAGACUCAGUAUGUCCCUCCAUUCCUCUCAGUCACUGCGGCAGGCCUGCCUCACUGACCAGUUCUGGGUUCCGUCACGAAGAAUUGCUUACUCCAUGGAGCCACUGGUUUGAAAUUAUUGAUGAUUUUUUUUCUUAACCAUUAUCCAAACCUUUCCCAUUCAUUCCAGUCUGAAAGUCUUAAUUCCCUGAUGUUUUCACAUCUCAAAUGCUUUGGUUAAAAUGACAACAGUGACAGGUGACAUUUUGAAGUUAUUAAUAUUUCUAUUCUAAUAUUAUCAGGCCAGUAGAAUUAGCACAAACAAACAAAAAAACCCUCCAGUUUUGAUUGUUGAUAUUUCUAGCCUAAACUCUCAGGCUAUUUUCCUAUGUACUUUGGGAUCAACUUGCCAAAUAGCCUUUUGUCCUUAUAGUAAGUUUCUAUCUGUAUAGAAUUCAGUCAAGAACACUGAAUAAUCAGUCUCCCAAAUACUCUACUCUAGUUUAUUAUUACACCAACACUAAAAUUCUGUAAGCAGAUGUUUUUAUCUUCAAAAGGGAAUAGUGUUGGAUAGCUUCUGCAUAGGAUAUUUUGUUACUACUUAUUUUUUUUUAAGAUAGGGUCUUUCUUUGUGUAGCUCAGGCUGCCCUGGAACUCACUAUGUACCCCAGUCCGGGCUUCAGCCUUCCAAGUGCUGAGAUUACAGGCAUGAGCCAUCAUGUCUUACUCUUCUGCUUUUAUACGAUACCAUCCAAGUACAGUGCUCUUUAAUUGAUGCCUUCUAGCUUCGAGAAGAUACAGUCGACCAAAGCACUCUUGUUCCUACAUUAUGAAAUCAAUAAAAUAUUUGGUUUCUUAAAGAAUUAGAUUAAGUGAAAAUUCUAGAAAACUAAUCAUUUCCUUCCUCUCUAAGGAAGAGCUCUAGUCCAUAUUGCACCAGUGUACACAGUUUGCAGUAAUCCUCCUGCCUCUGCCUUCCAAAUGCUGGGAAUACAGACGUGAGCCACCCUGCCUGGCUCUGUGUGUGUGUGUGUGUGUGUGUGUGUGUGUGUGUGUGUGUGUGUGUUACUAAGGAUAGAACCCAUUGCACAUGUCAGGCAAGUACUCUGCCACCAGUGGCGCCCCAGGAUGAUAACAAUAUUCUCUUACAAUUCAGUGUCUUUAUACUUUGAAGUGGACACAAGAAACAUUAGUCGGUCUUUCACGUUUACUCAGUUUGUCUAAUCUCAGCCAGUCACCGUCAGGUUUCAAAGUUAUCUAAAUCACCAGGUGUGCAGGCUGUGCUAUCUACUUGGGAGACUAAUGAGGGAGGAUCACUUCAGCCCAGAAGUUCAAGACAGCACUGAACAAAACAGCAAGCACCUUUCUGAAAACCACACACAAAAAAAUAUAAACCGUGAUUGUCUCAAGAAAUUUCAGCAAUCUCAACUAAGAAUUGCCCCCAUGGUUCUGUUCCUCCUUCAAGAAUACUUGGCAAAUUUCAAGAUGCGAAACCCUGAAUUCGGAGUUUAUCUUGAGAAUGUAUAUUUAAGGUCAUUUUUAGAAUUUAUACUUGACUUUCUAAGCAUGUAAUUUAUAUGGUUUGUAAUGUGUUUGUAUAAAUUAUGAGCAUGUACCUUCUAAGUUUUGGAAUGUAAUAGAUACUAAUGUGCUUUACACGAGGGCAGCCGUAAGAACAUUUCUUGAGUGUAUGCUUCCGAAAGUUGGGGGACUGUGGUGGCCUGCCUGUGAUCUUAGUGCUCAGGGGGUGGGAAUGGGAUCCCUGGGGCCAGACAGCUUUAGCUCCACCAGGAGUGGAAUCAAUGAGCUCAGCGUUCUUCAGAUGUUGCACCAGCACAGCGGUUUUGAUGAGAGUGGCCCCAUAGGCUCACAGAUUUGAGUACUUAAACUUCAGGGAGAGUCACUGUUUGAAGGGAGUAGGGGGUGUGGCCUUGUUGCAGUAGGUGUGGCCUUGUGGGAGAGGUGUCACUGCGGGUGGGAUUUGGGGUUUCUGAAGCCCCAGCCAGGCCUCUCUCUCUCUCUCUCUCUCUCUCUCUCUCUUCCUGUUGCCUGUGGAUCCUGAUGUACAACUCUGAGCUGCUUCUCCAGCUCCAUGUCUGCCUGCGCGCCAAGCCCUAGGGGAGCUGAGAAUUCCAAUGGCUGACCUGACCAAUCUCCUCCGAAAACCAUAGAAACGGUCUUACUCGUCUUUAGAACCCUGGAAACAUUGUGGCUGUUCCUAACACCAGAAGGAACAAACGAAUCUGAUCGGUUGGGCUAAACGGCUCCCAUUCUAUACUGAUUGGCAACGAUGGAACGUUCAAGGAAGCCCCUAAUCUCUAAGUCCUGAUGGGUGAAAAUUAUAACUGUAACUUGGAGGCAAAUGUUUGAGAUUUUUGUGCUUAUAAACCCCACCCAGAUCUGCCCCUACUUGGGGCGGUCAGGAGAAACAAGGCUCCCGAGUCCUUGUCCUGCAGCCCCCAUCAAUUGCUGACCUGCUUAUGUGGUAAUUUAAUAAAAUCUUUGGAACCCA